CCUCUGUUUUUACUUCUUGGUUGUUCAGCACGGAAGUUUUGUAACAGCAGGGUUAUGUACACCAUAGACAUGUACACAGUCAAAGCAUGAGUUAAUGUUAACAUCAAUUUAACCUCCAGCUUUAUCUCAAGGGAAAUAAAAAUGGUGAACAUCGGGCUCACUAAAGUGGACGAUGCUCUGGCAGCGAAACACCCGGGUUUAGGAAGUUAUGCAGCCUGUCAGUCUCACGCGUUCAUGAAGGGGACUGGCACAUUUAUAUUUGGUGCUGGAGCUUUAUUUGCCAUUCAGAAGGCUCUACAGAGGAAGCUCCCUUAUCCUCUUCAGUGGAACCUUCUAAUUUCAAUAGUGGCGUCUUCAGUGGGGAGUUAUGCAGUGACUCGCUGGGAAACGCAGAAAUGUACAGACCUUUGGAUUCUGCUAGAAACUGGGAAAGUCCCAGACAGGUCGCCACCUCAGGUGCCUAAACUGGAGGAACCAAAAAGACCCGAAAAGACUAAAUAUGGGGACGUGAUGGAUUAAAAGUAGUUUUAAAAAGCUUGUGCAACAACUGUAAAUAUAUACCUCUUUUCUUUAAAAGUAACACGGUGGAGCGUACCAUUGAAUCAAGCUGUAUGCUGAAUGUGAUAUUCAUGCACAUAAGAUUUAUUUGCAAUACAACACAUGUAUGAAG